AUGCCUCCCAAACGCGAUUCCAGCCAGCCGCCCAACGCACAAGGUCAGCCUCCUGGCAAUUCAGGCCAAGGCCAAAGUCAGCCCCAACCCUUCAGCUACGCCCAAGCCACCGGUGGAGGUGCACCACGCCCGCCCUUCCCGCCAGCCAAUUUCCAGCCCAAUCCAAACGCAGCUGCCUUUGCCCAUCGACCCAAUCAGGACAACACGCCAGUUCCGACCACCUUCCCACCAGCCAACAACGCAGGUGGGCAAGGCGCGGCCUGGAACCGUGCCCGUCAGUGGUCUGACACUCCAGCUUCACCUCGUCCUGACGCCGAUGGUCCUGCCGGCUACACGCCUCGCGGCCGUGGCUUCGAUCAAGACGAUCAUGGCGGCAAUUUUGCUCGCCGCGGCAGUGGUGACCGUGGCAGAGCGAACAGCAGAGGUGGCCGGGGUCGUGGUGAUCGUGGAGGGAGUCGUGGAAACUAUCGUGGACUUGCUCCCACUAGCCGCGGUGGUUGCUACAAAUGUGGUGAAUUCGGCCAUCGUGCCCAGGACUGCCAAGAGGCCAACACCGCUGGAGCAUCAGCUCCUCCACGAUCGCCGAACCCAAUGGUCCCGUUCCCGACUGCCGACGCCCGGACUCUCACUGGCGACGCUCUUGUCACCCUCUCACAUACCGACUUGCCUUCGCAGCACCUCAUCUUGCAAUGCAAAGUCCACGAAACCAACAACACUACGCCUGAGACUCUGGUCGAUGAGAUGCACAAGCGUGGUCUCCGUGUCGGACUAGGCUCCGAUGGUCGCAACAGCGAAGUCCUGACCAACUUCCUGAAAGUUUCGCAGCGCCCAAACUUCAUCUUCAGGAGCAAGACGAGGACAAAGCUUUUUUACGUCAAGAAGAAGUUUGAGAAGGAAGGCCUCUUCAAUGCUAUCAAGGCUCGGCUGCCGCGCCUUACCUCCUUGAACUUCUGGGUCACGGAUUUCGAUCUUAUUUGGUCGACCAAGCCACUCUUCGACGAUGAUGACUACCGCUCCUCUCCGCCCGUCAUAAAUAACGUCAGCGGCAGGAAUCCAGACAGCUUGCAACCCGUUUCGUGUCUUGAAGCUCACAUUGAUUUUUACAAAGUACUUGACUUGGGCCGGACUGUUGGUCAACAAUUCCGCGACUCCACAGGUCGCAUCACAGGUGACGACGAUCCUGCCCUGCUGGUUCGUGGCCUCAACACCAUGAUCACCCAGUAUGCCCACAACAGCUCGGACGGUAACCUCUUCGCCAAGAACGCCAACCAAUUCUACGAUGUACGCGAGAACUUUGCAAUUCAGCACAACAGGAUCGUGGGCUACUGCGGCUUCUACGUCUCCGAAUCACCGUUCAAACCUGGAUCCACAAGAUCAAAAGGUGUCAAGGUUCUGGUAUCGGAAGCCGCUGCACCAGGUCAAUCAGAAGCUCAACGUACCAAGUACAUCACGAGCAUUGGCUCGCAUCUUGGGCAUCAAACGCUUACUCCUUCGUCGGGCACAACCGUAUUCGCUCACUUCUCUCUGCCUCAAUAUUCAAAUGCAGCACUCAAGCCACUUGACCCGGCACACUUCUCCAUCAACACUGGUCAUGAUACUAGGAAGAAGAAGCCGAGCAAAGCUGCUGUGCAGGCUGGUGCGCCUACUGAGCCUGAAUGGUGGCCACCAGAGCACCUCACUAUCAUGGGCCACCCGCCAUAUCGUGUUCAGCUUUCCGGUAAUCAGACGAGCAAGAUGUUGUUGAUGGCCUGUAAGCCCCCGCAGGACCAGAUCAGCAGGAUCACGGAUGGCGGCUUGAAGCUCUUUGGGUUUAGCGACGAUACAUUCACCAGGGCUUUGCAGCAUGACUUUGGCCUGCAGAUCACGCCUGAGCUGGCCAAGAUUGCUUGCCGCUACAUCAAACCACCGGUUGUGCAGUAUGGUGGUUCACAAGUUGCUCGUGUUGAGCGUGCAUCUUGGAACCUGAUCAAGCUCCGGCUUGCUUCUACCUGCGACACGGAGUAUGUUCCUGUUUUGGACUUGACUCAUCUGCACCCGGGCAAUGAUGAUGAUGUGGCCAGUCAGGCUACUGGCGAAGGCGAGGAGUCCGGUUUGUUGCCGCGUGAGUUCUACCCAGCGCUGCAAGAGCAGAUGGAUACGCUGGGCAUGCAAGCCGUGGUCGAAACUUUUUCUGCAACUUACAAGGAAGACGACACCUUGGCAAUGAACGAAGAUCGCAUGAUAGAAAUACUCACCGAGGUCGUCUCGGCAUACGAAGUUGGCGAGGGCAGCAGAUCCAUUCAUCGUUCCAAGCUGACCGUGCUUAUCGCCAUGCCUUCCAAGAAUGAUGAUCUCUACGCAACGAUCAAGCGCGUGGCAGAGCUGAAGAUGGGUCUCAAGACCGUCUGCUGUGUUGCCGCCAAGAUGAGCAAGUGGUGGCAGACCAAGUGGCAGAAUGGGCAACAGUUCAGAGAAUUCAAUAAGUUCUCUGCUGGGCAGCACUGUGCCAACAUCGCUGUGAAGAUCAACACCAAAGGCGAAUGCGAUAACCAUCGCAUCAAGCCUGAUGCCUUGAGAGAGCUGUUCGAUGAUGCCAACAAGACCAUUGCCGAUGCCAUUGUCCUGGGCGCCGAUGUGACCCACCCCAUGGGCCAUUGUGCACCAGGCUGUCCCUCCGUCGCUGCUGUCGUCGGCAGCACUGACGAUCAUUUCGCGCAAUUUCCGGGCUCUAUGCGCCUGCAGCAAGGACGUCAGGAAGUGAUCACCGAGUUCCAACUCAUGGUGAGGGAGCGCCUCGUCGAUUGGGCUCUCCGCCACAACAAGACACUGCCGAAGAAGAUUCUGAUCUACCGUGACGGCGUGAGCGAGUCGUACUACGAGAAGAUUCGCGAGUCAGAGAUUCCGAUGGUUCAAGAGGCAUACGAUCUUGCUUAUGUUGUGCUCAAGAAAUUCCACGGCGGCUACCAAGGUAAGCCGACCGACAAGACGCCAGAGUUCAAAGUUACCUUUGUCGUCGUGAGUAAGCGCCACAACACCCGCUUCUACGUCCCCGAAGAUAGACAAGCCCAAGACACCUGGCAAGACAAGCGCGGAAACUUCAACGGCAAUGUACUCCCCGGCUGCGUCGUCGAGGAGACAGUCACUCACCCCUACACCUUCGACUUCUACCUCCAAUCCCACCAGCCUCUCAAGGGCACUGGCCGAGCCGGUCACUACUUCGUCCUGACCAACGGCAUGCAGCUCAGCGCGGACCGCCUUCAGAACAUCACCCACGCUUUCUGCUACAACUAUGCUCGCGCCACUCGCGGUGUCUCGUACUGCGGUCCAGCAUACUACGCCGACCGCUUGUGCGAUCGUGGCCGUGCAUAUAUUCGUGGCUGGUUGACCAACGGCGAUGACUUCCAUGCAGACUUCGAGAAGGGUGCGGAUCAGAAGAUCGAAGACUUCCGCGAUGAUGUGCGGAACUAUCUUUUCAAUAGUGAUUACUAUCGCGAGAUGGGCAAGGUCACUGGUUCCAAGUAUGGUGAUCUUGAGAGGGCUAAUCCGUGGCAUGAGGCCCUGGACAACACUAUGUUCUACCUUUGA